UAGCUAUUGUUUUCUGAUUUUCGUAUGACUUCUUUAGUACUGAAAUUUUUAUUCUGUUUAAUGUAAAUAUAAAAGUGCGAGUGCGCUGGAACCCUUCUAGUAGAAGAAUUUAGUAUUCUGGAAGGGAGAAGUUAAGGACUCGUUUGGUUAGGUACCCUGGUUUGGUCUCUUACAAGUAUUAAGAGACUGGAGAGUAUAAAACAAAAUUACUGUCCACUUCUGUAAAAGUUACGGAGAUGCCUUAAACCUAAAAAAAUCCCCUAUUCUUUCCAAAUAGUCACAUUUCCAGUAAACUACCGUGAACUCCGGUAAGUACUUAAUUUUUAUAUUUACUUUUCUGAUCCUGGCAGCACUAUGUAAUGGUUGUCAAUGUCAGAUGAAUUUGGUUAUGUUUUGAAUGUUUUGAUAAUGCGCAAGACGUAAAUUAUAUUAGAAUUUUAUAAAAAUGUUACACUUUAUAAGAAUAUCUAGGCAAAAGACUUUAAAAACACUUAAUAGCAUAUAUACUUGCGAGUGUGUCAACAGGAAAAUACACAAUUUAGGGCUGAAUGACAUACCAAAAAUAACUGCAACAGAUAUUCGUAAAUUAUUGCGACAAAAGGGUUUUGCGGUACAAGACGGGUUUACUGCUCUCACCACAAAGUGUUCCAUAUGCUCUGGAGAUCAGAAAUGUGCUGAAAGUAAGGUCUAUGUCAACAAAACUACCGGCUACUUUUUAUGUCCUAAAUGCAAUGUCCAUGGAGACUGGAAUGUUUUGGAAAGGCUAGUGAAGAAAGCUAAAGUUGAAACACCUGUAAAGGACUUCAUAGAAAAAUGCCAACAGCAGUCAGAAACUUUCCAGAAAGAUUGGCAAACAAUAUUAAAUGAUACAAUACAAUUGACUAAGAUUAAUGAGACUGAAUUAAUAGAUUUAUUAAGGCUCUUUGAAUUUCCUUUUAAUACCGAAGCCAAUAAGUUAUUAUCAGAUGUAAGAGUAUCUACUGACCACACAGUAUUAUAUUUCCCUUUAAAAAACUCUCUAGAUAAAGUAGUAGGCUAUCGUAAGCUACAAGCAGGCAGAGAAGAUGAGGUUGAAAGCCAUGGCCUUCAUACUGCAGGAUUGUUCUCUUGUAGAGCUCCGAAGGUUAGCCGUACUGAUCAAGCAGUUCUUGUGCCAACCAUCCAAGAUGUAUUACAUUUAGCAGCACAAAAAAUACCUGGUACUCUAAUAUGGCUGAGUAACUGCAGUUUGCCGCCAAUAGUUCUACCAGCCCUCGAGAGCUAUCAGAAGCUAUGUCUGUGGGGCGACUGGGAUAACAUGCGCGCUGUCGCAGAGAAACUCGGAGAAGAAAGAUGUCGGUUUGUUAGACCUACGGAUGGGCUGGUGAGCGCCUCCGAGGCGGCGGCUGCUAACCUCUCGCUAAAGACCCUUGUCGCAGAGGCCAAGCCGGCAGCGCACCGCUCUAUCACAACUUUCGCUGCGCUAAGAGACGAUGUCUACUUUGAAGUUACGAAUGUGGACAAGGUUCGAGGUUUAAAAUGGCGUCGGUUUCCCGCGCUGACGCGUCUGUUGGGCGGGCACCGUCGCGGCGAGCUGACCGUGCUGACCGGGCCCACCGGCUGCGGGAAGACCACGCUCUGCGCAGAAAUGUCCUUAGAUCUAGCUCAGCAAGGGAUAAAUACACUAUGGGGCAGUUUUGAGAUCCGUAACUCACGACUGGCACGCACGAUGCUGCAGCAGUUUGCCGGCGUGCCGCUGGAGCAGAACCUGCAAGACUUCCACAAGUUCGCCGACGACUUUCAGAAGUUACCCAUUUACUACUUAGCAUUUCAUGGACAGCAGCCCAUCAAAGUUGUGAUGGAGGCGGUAGAGCACGCGCGCUACAUGCACGACAUCGCGCACGUGGUGGUGGACAACGUGCAGUUCAUGUUGGGGCUGGGCGAGGAGCGCGACGGCGACCGCUACCAGCGGCAGGACGCCGUCAUCGCCGCCUUCCGCACCUUCGCCACGGCCAGGCAUUGUCACGUUACACUCGUCAUGCAUCCCAGGAAGGAGCGCGAAUCAGAAGACUUAUCAACAAGUUCUAUAUUUGGCAGCGCGAAAGCUUCGCAGGAAGCGGACAAUGUUCUCAUAAUUCAGGACAAGCGGUUGACUGCAGUCCGCGGUAAAAAGUAUUUACAAGUUGCCAAAAAUAGGUACAGCGGUGAACUCGGCAUCGUCCCCUUAGACUUUGAUAAGGACGCGCUCAGCUACCAAGCAAAGAAAAAGACGAAAACUAAGCAGGAUGAACCCGACAAGCUGUUAAAUAAGUGCUUCCAAGAAUUUUCAGUAGAGGACCCUAAUUAUAUAGAAGACUUCGAACUCAACAAACCAAGGAAUGACUUCUCAAGGAAAUCACAAAAUUCUAGUCACAAAGACACACAAAGUAGUUAUUUAAGUGACGUUUUAAAAUUAAAUAGAUAAAUAAGUGUAACAUGAACUGUAUAUAAUGUAAAUAAAUUAUAUGUUUAAGCGCAUUUAUCUUGUAUUAUUUUACGUAUGUUCGGCCGUCUUCCAAACUCACAGGAUUUAAUAAAAAAACCAUAUAUAACAAUCAGUACAUUAAAUAUGUCAAUUUCUAUAACUAAGAUAUCCAUAAGAUUUUAAACAUAAAAAUUAUGAGGUUAGAUAUUGUUUACACGAAUUUAUUGUCGCAAUUAUUAUUGAGCACAGUGUAGGUACUCUUUAAACAAGAGUAGUUUGCACAGUUGUUUAAAUUCAGAACGAUUG